GCGAAUGGUACAUUCCGGCCCAGCUCCUAGCUGGUUUUGUAUCCGCUUCAGAGCGCGUACAAACCGACAACUAAGUUAUGCUUUGCAAUGUUGCCUAAAAGAAGUUGAAGGCCGCGUUUAUUUGAUACAAAACGAAUGUUCGAUGGCAUAUAAACAAUGCCGUUGGAUUUAUGAUAUGAAUUAAGUCCGCGUUUCGAAGGCAGACCCUGGCUAUAUUUCUGCUGUUUCUUUCGUGUACAGUGAACGCCACACACCGAAGCUACAAGCCUCAUGUUUUCGUCCAGCCAAGAGGAGCACUGCGCCCCCUCCAAAGACCCAGUUAAAUACGGCGAGCUGGUUGUUUUGGGGUACAAUGGCUCCCUGCCCAAUGGGGAUCGCGGUAGACGGAAAAGCAGAUUUGCGCUAUACAAGAGGACCAAAGCCAAUGGUGUUAAGCCGAGUGCCGUGCACAUCCUCAACACACCCCAAGACAGCAAGGCUGUCAACUCCAAAGGCCAGCACAGCAUCUCCUACACGCUGUCCCGCAACCAGACCGUGGUCGUGGAGUACAGCUAUGAUAAAGACACAGACAUGUUUCAGAUUGGACGUUCCACUGAGAGUCCCAUUGACUUUGUGGUGACGGACACUGUAGCGGGAGGCCAGGAGGGCGAGGAGACUCCCAUCACACAAAGCACCAUCUCACGUUUCGCCUGCCGGGUCGUAUGUGAGCGCAACCCUCCCUACACCGCUCGUAUCUACGCAGCCGGCUUUGACUCGUCCAAGAAUAUCUUCCUUGGGGAAAAAGCUGCAAAGUGGAAGAAUCCUGAUGGUCACAUGGAUGGUCUGACAACAAAUGGCGUGCUGGUGAUGCACCCCAAAGGCGGCUUCACGGAGGAAUCCAAGCCCGGCGUAUGGCGAGAGAUUUCUGUGUGUGGGGAUGUGUACACCCUCAGGGAGACGCGCUCCGCACAGACUCCAGGCAAACUGGUGGAGAAUGAAAGUAAUGUACUCCUGGACGGCUCGCUGGUGGACUUGUGUGGUGCGACCUUGCUCUGGCGCACUGCUGAGGGUCUCUUUCACACUCCCACCCAAAAGCAUCUGGAGGCCCUUCGGCAGGAGAUCAACGCAGCGCGGCCCCAGUGCCCCGUGGGUCUAAACACCCUGGCAUUCCCCAGCAUGCAACGCAGCCGUGCCCUUUCCUGUCUGGAGGACAAGCAGCCUUGGGUUUACUUGGCAUGUGGCCACGUGCAUGGUUACCACAACUGGGGUCAUCGUUCGGAGCAGGAGCCCAACGCCCAGCGAGAAUGCCCCAUGUGUCGGGUGGUCGGCCCCUACGUUCCGCUCUGGCUGGGGUGCGAGCCCGCCUUCUAUGUGGACACAGGCGCCCCCACUCACGCCUUUGUGCCGUGUGGACACGUGUGCUCGGAGAAGUCUGUUAAGUACUGGUCGGAGAUCCCUCUGCCCCACGGCACCCAUGCCUUCCAUGCCGCAUGUCCCUUCUGUGCCACCCAGCUCAGCCUCACUCAAGGCUGCUCCAAGCUCAUUUUCCAGGGCCCCGUGGACUGAGCUGGGGAGGGGGGGAUUCUGCUCUUGGACAAGAGUGACAACAUGCUGUGAAACUGUUGAGAUUAUUUUGUGUUCCUUUUUCCUCACAUUAGACCCUCUGUGGGAAGCUCAGGCGGUGAUAGUUUGGAUUCUAAAGGCUGUCUGGAUGUUCUGCGAAGGCCAGGUUCCUUCCGCAACCAAAUACUGUUUUAGCUUUCCUGUCACGUAACCGCUUAGAAGAAGAAACGCUUCGGCACGGGUGGGCUACACAUAAUUUUCAGUAGUCGGUGGAUUUUAUGCUUUAGGUAGAAAUAAAUCGUUGUUUUGACUCUUUUAAACUUGGUAACAGUGAGCAGGUGUAGGCAAGCCUGAAGCAGGUUCAGUGUAGCUCCUGGUGAUUAGAAAAGUUUUGAAAAGCCAGACAGCUGGACUGUUGGCUUGGAGAACCUGAGGUUCUGUUGGAUCUCGUGCGCUUUUUAUUUGGACUGUAACCCCUAAGGGCAUCUCCUUGCAGAGGUGGGUUUCAUAUGCGUCAUGUACACAGUUAGAAUUCAGUGCCUCUAAUCCCAUGAAGCAGUGGGAACAUAUUUCACAGAAGAGAGAAGGAUAUUUAGUUGAAGGCAAGAGGAAAGGUAGCUUUGCAUACUGGUGUAAGGAAAUGACAGCCCACGACGAUCCAACUCUGCAUUUGUAUACUACAGAAGAGCUAUUUUACGACACGGAGGCCCUCGCACUGUUUUCCAAUGCAAAUGUUAAUAUAUUUUCCUGCAUAAAUAAUGUGUGCAAGAAUGUUUUGAUUGUGUGCGUGCGUGCUGGACACCUCGGGUGCCCUCGGGCUUUAUUUUAAAGAAAAGCCCUGCAUCAUUUCACCUCAAAAUCCUCCCUUAUGAUCUCUCAGCCCACCAGCCAAACACUUGAGAACCUUGCAGGGCUUGACAAUGAUUGUACUGGAUUACAGCCUUUUUGUAGACUAGAUAGAUAAGACCUGAGACUGUAUAGCAAGUAUAUGCAUCACUGAUAAGUGUUUCUCAGUCCUGCACGCAUACUGUACGCUGUCUGCACUGUUGUUGGCUUCAUCCUGCGCCGGCUUCAAUCCAACGACUGUAGCGCCAAGAAACCUGGGCAUCGCCUCAGCAGCGUGCAGAGAUUAUACCAAAUAUAAGGAGGAGCUAUUUUCUCUCCACAUGCAAGAAGCAAAAGUGGUUCUGUAAACAAUCCCUAAACCCGGACCGCUGCUGUGGCGCAAUGUUGACAGCUUUGGAUUCCAGUCGCAUGCACCAGCUCCUUGGGAAUAAUGAUAUUAUCUCACAUGAUGCCAAAUUUGUUCUUUUGUGUGCGCAGAUGAUUCAAAAACAAACUAGCGGAUGAAGUGAAACUAAAAAAUCGGGGACAAUUUUUUUUUUUUUUUUUUGUGAUUAUAGCUUAACAGACUGUCCAAAUGUGGAAAAUAUUGGCAACUGUCUUGAUUCUGCCUCCUUCAUAAACAAUACCAAGCAUUGAAUCUCUUGAGUUGCUUCCAGUAGCUGCAUUCAAGCUGUCUUCCAGAACUAUGGAUGUCUGAGGGGUAACGCCACCUUGAAUUCACCCAAAAUUUUCUCCUUUCCCAACGAAAAGUGACUUUAAAAGUUGAAGCUCAGCUCAGAAGUGAAACGAUGUUGUCACAUAUGACAUUAAAGACGGUGCGGAGUCGAGCACAGCAGCACGCACCAGGCAGUAGCAUUCCUCACUGCACGUUCCUUAAAGAAGAGCGUGUUCUCCAACAGCUGCCUCAAACAUUCCUCCUUGGUAAACAUGGGUGGGGCCCUUGGUUCACUCAAGGGCAUGUUCAAGAUUUCGUCUCCUACAGGAAGUGUGUACACAAGCUAUAGGAUGCACUGAUACUUCUCCCAAUGCAAAUGCAAAGAAAAAUAA